CACUCAUCAGCCGGCAUCAGCAGCACUGAAAAAAAGCGAAAAUAUUUGUGUAAAAGUUUAAACAUAUUUUCAGUACAGACGACGCCAACGCAUGCAAGAAUGACGCAAAUAAACACACAGUGGCUCCUGGCAAUUUUCGGCGUUCUUUGGGGCUUGCAAUUUGCAUCGAGCUCCGAAGACAAUGAGUAUAUGAAACGGGAGCAUAGCCUGGUGCGUCCAUUUCAAGGCGUUGGCGUUAUACUACCACACUGGGACUUUUUGGGUAACACAAUGGUCACCAGCAACUACAUAAGACUGACACCGGAUUUGCAAUCCAAGAGCGGUGCACUAUGGAAUUAUUCGCCGGUUAUGGGACGCAACUGGGAGGUGCAUGUUGGGUUCAAAGUGCACGGCAAAGGUAACGAACUGUUUGGCGAUGGCUUCGCCAUUUGGUAUACCAAGGAUCGCAUGCAAACUGGACCCGUCUUUGGUAGCAAAGAUCAUUUCUCCGGCCUGGCCAUCAUUCUAGACACCUACAGCAAUCACAAUGGUCCACACAAUCAUCAACAUCCAUAUUUAAGUGCCAUGGUUAACAAUGGCACCUGGAGCUACGAUCACGAUAGAGAUGGCACACACACUCAGCUGGCUGGCUGCGAGGUUCGUUUCCGUAAUGUGGAAUAUGAGACUUUUGUCAGCAUACGCUAUGAGAACGAUGUGCUAUCAGUCUCCACGGAUCUGGAGAAUCGAAACGAAUGGAAAAAUUGCUUUGUGGUCAACAAUGUUGAGCUGCCCACAGGUUAUUACUUCGGUCUAUCAGCAACAACGGGCGAUUUGUCCGAUAAUCAUGACAUACACAGCUUCAAGUUCUUCGAUAUUGAUAAGAGCAUCACACACGAGGAGAUUGUCAGUCGAAGCAAUAUUAUACCAAAUGCCAAAACAUUUGAAGCACCGCGUGAGCACAAGGAGGAUCCCAAGCCAGGAAUGUCAAAUGCCAAAAUAUUCUUUAUCCUUUUGUUCGUUGUGCUAGCGGCGGCGGGCGUGGCCAUCUUUGCCAUAUCGUACUUCAAAGAUCGCAAUGCGCGCAAACGUUUCUACUGAGCAGCAUCAUAAUAACUAGAGAGCAUCGGCAACUGUGUCAGCAGCAAAACACAACCAAACCUAGGCUUAAGUCUACCGCGUUGUUGAUGACAAGUUUCAAAUCCCUUUUACAAUUAAUUUAUAUUGAAUGUACCCAUUAAUGACAUUUGUUCAUAAGUCAGCUAGAAUUAUCCGUUUUCUGUUGAGGUGUUUGUUUACUCCGUUGUUUAUCUUUUUAAAUUCGAAUGAUUAGGCAAAAAACAACGACACGUAAGAUAAAUGGGCAAUUGUUAAAUUUAA